AUGAGGGUGGCCGAGACGACUGCGCUGCACCGACCCCGCCGCCGGGCCAUGAGCCUGGGCCUCGGCCCCAGCCGCCAGCCGCCCUCGCCCGCCCGCCCGCUCCUGUUCAUGAUCGAAGGGAAAAAUGCAAGUGGAUCCAGACAGCGUUAUAAUCGUAAGAGAGAAACUUCAUAUCCCAAAAAUGAGACUUUCCCCAGCCAGUCCCGUCGCUCCUUUCCACAGAAAAGCAAAACUUUUAACAAGAUGCCCCCUCAGAGGGGGGAACAGAACAGCGGUGGCAAAUCUUUUAGCCUUUCUUCUAAUGGUGGAAGACGAGAUGAGGUAGCAGAAACUCAGCGGGCAGAGCUUAGCCCUGCCCAAUUCUCUGGCCCCAAGAAGAUUAACCUGAACCAUUUGUUGAACUUUACAUUUGAACCUCGUGGCCACACCAGCCAUUUUGAUGGGAGCAGCCAUGGCAGUUGGGGAAAAAGAAACAGAUGGGAAAACAAACCUUUCAGCAAGGAGCUUUUCCUUCAGGCCAACUGCCAGUUUGUGGUGCGCGAUGAUCAGGACUACACGGUUCACUUCACUGACCCAGAUACCUUGGUCAACUGGGAUUUUGUGCAACAAGUGCGGAUUUACAGCCAUGAAGUGCCCUCCUGCCCAAUAUGCUUAUACCCACCCACUGCUGCCAAGAUCACUCGCUGCGGGCACAUCUUCUGCUGGGCCUGUAUCCUGCACUAUCUCUCCCUGAGUGAGAAGACCUGGAGCAAGUGCCCCAUCUGUUACGGCUCCAUUCACAAGAAGGACCUCAAAAGUGUUGUGGCACUAGAAACCCGUCAGUAUGCAAUUGGUGACACAAUUACAAUGCAGCUCAUGCAGCGGAAGAAAGGGUCCUUGAUAGCACUGCCAAAGUCAGCGCUCGCUCACGUGGAGCAGCCUGUUCGCCUGGGGGAUAAGCCACACAGCCAGUAUUCAAAGCUGCUUCUGGCCUCGGAGGGUCAGGUCCUCCAGCAAGUGAUCCUGGAAGAAAAGAUGGCCCUUCUGCAUCAGUACCAGGAGGAAAAGCAUACCCCUGAAGCGUGUUUCAUUGAAGCAGCCCUGCAGGAACUGAAGAAUCGUGAAGGCAACUUGAUGUGUGACAGUGAUGUUCCUGGUGUCACUGCAGCUGUGGAAAAAUUAGUCAUGACAGAAGCUUCAACGAAAGAGACUGCAGCAGCACCUCAGGAGAAAAAGUGCACGCUAGAAUAUCUUUCUGCUUUCCAUGAUGAAUCGCUGGAAUCUCCCCCCGUGGCUCCCGCGAGUGGAAACCCCCCUGCUUUGGACAGUGCAGAGGCAGCGGCGGAUAACGGCAUGGAGAGGAACACGGAUCCGGCAAGCCCAAGUGAAGCAGGGGACGCCAUUCUGAGUGCCUCUGCCUCUGGAAAACCCAAGGCUGUGUUUGCCAGCGGACACACACAGAGUCCUCCUUCCUAUUAUUUCUACCAAGCUGAAGACGGGCAGUGUCUGUAUCUGCACCCAGUGAAUGUCCGUUGCCUCGUGCAUGAAUAUGGGAGCCUGGAGAAGAGUCCAGAGGAGAUCACAGCUACUGUGGUGGAGAUAUCUGGCCACUCAAUGACGGAGGAUGUGCGUCAGCGUCAUCGCUACCUCUGCCAUUUGCCCCUCACCUGUGAGUUCAGUAUCUGUGAAUUAGCUUUGAAGCCGCCUGUCAUUUCGAAGGAAACACUGCAGAUGUUUUCAGAUGACAUUGAAAAACGAAAGCGGCUUAGGCAGAAGAAAGCACGUGACGAACGACGUCGGGAACGCAGAAUUGAGAUGGAGGAAAACAAGAAGCAGGGCAGAUAUCCAGAGGUCCGGAUUGCGUUAGAGAACCUGCAGCAGUUUCCGGCCUUCAGCGCUGGCUCCGGAGAGCCUGCUGGUCCUGAGAACGAGAGCCACGUGCUGCCAGCUUGUGUUGGAGGAAGUCCCACUUCCCAGUCAGAGUCCUUGCUGACUCCGCUGUCAUCUUCCAGCCUUGGCAGCCCCCCAUUCCUUAUUGGAAGCCUGGAGGAGGACCCUGCCUUCCCCUCAUUUGCUCAGAUGCUGAGGGCUGGAAAAGCCAAACCAGAACUGUGGAUUGGUUCUCAGCCAAAGAAGAAAGAAGAGACCCUCACUGGGGCACUUCUGGCUCCAGGAGACAGCGAUGCGGAGAGCGACAGCUCGGACCGUGUGCCUGUGCCUAGUUUCCAGAACUCGUUCAGUAAAGCUAUCGAGGCAGCCUUCCUGAAACUGGACACACCGUCCACUUCUGACCACCUCUUAGAGGAAAAGCGAGGCAAAAAAAAGAAGCAGAAGCAAAAACUCCUGUUCAGUACUUCAGUGGUUCAUACAAAGUGAUUUUAUUAAUGGGCAAAUUCUUCCUCCUUUUGAUUUAUUUGGUUUGCUUUUGUGUUU